AUGUCUCUCCCUCCUGAAAUCGACGAUUUCAUCAAACUAGCCAUAGAUCACUCUUUAGGGCUUCCAGUCUCUUCCCAAACCCUCGACAUCAAGCUUCGCGCCGCCAAACAAUCAGAUCAGUUACUCCGUGAUCAGAACGCAUCACUACUUAAUAAAUUGAAAGAAAAAGAUGAACUCAUCGAACAAGCCAAGUAUGAAGCUUGUUUGAGUGCUCAAGCGAUUAAGAAAUUCGUUGAGGAGAAUCAGAAAUUAGCAGUGGAGUGUGAGAAUCUUGUGGAGCAUUGUCAAAAACUGGAGAAGGAAUUUGUGCUGUAUGAGAAGGAUAGGGAAGCGUUGAUUAAUUUUCAGAAUGAAGCUGAGGAACGAGCGAGGGAGGCGUGGUUGCUAGUUGAAGAGUUGGAACGAGAUUUGAACGUUUAUGAGAUGAAGAUGAAAGAAUGCCAGGAAGAGAAUGAAUCGGUUGAUUUUUCUUCCACAAGCACGUCGGAGGAGGAGAGUUUGCUUGACUCCCUUCUGGCAACGGUUGCUACUAAAGAUGACUCUUCUACACACGAGUUCUUGGUCGCAAAUAGUGAAAAUGAGCAUUGUAAAAAGUUGCUGUCAAUGUGGAGUGGAUUCAAACAAUCAACUCAGAGAGUUUUGUCUCUUGUCGCUGAACUGACCUCUCUAGAAAAGGAUAAAGAGCAUCUAAGGAUUAACCUUGACAGAGCUGAAGAGGAGGGAAAAUUACUAUUUGUUGAAAAUGGCAUAUUGGAAAAGGAGAACAAAAGGCUAUUGAUGAAACUUUCCCAUAGUGCAUCUGCCAAGUCGAGCAAGAGAAAGUCAAGUCCCAAAACAAGUAGCCCGAUGAGGAAAAAGAUUGAUUUCGAUGAUCUAGAUUCCGUUUCUUCUCGACAACCGUUGUCACCCUUGCAAUGUAACUCGUCUGACUGUGUCACUGCUGUCUAG